GGGAGCAGCGUGUGGCAACCACUAUGAGCCAGUUGGCUUCAGCUUCGGCUGAGGAGAUGCACGUCUCACCAAGUCUACAGAAGAGUCCUGCCCUAAGUGAGGCGGUGGGCAUGCUGCGCUCUGUACCUCGGCUUGGCCCUAGUCAUAAACUACGUGUACUGGUUCAUAUCACACGGCUGGUCUGUACAGAACCUAUUGCAAGUGAAGAUGAUCACCAUAGGAAGCUGAUGGGAGCUGACGACCUCAUCCCUGCAUUGAUUUAUGUCUUAGUGCAGUCAAAGAUACCACAGCUGUAUUCAGAGUACCUUGCACUUGAGCAAAUACUAGAUUCUAGGUACAUGCUUGGAGAAGAAGGGUACUGCUUAGCAUCAGUCCUGAUGGCCUUCAAAUACCUGGAAUCACUACCAUGAACCUGACGACCAAGCUUUUAAUUUUUUUAAA